GGGUGCCCGGCCUCGAUGGUGGCAGCUUGAUGGAUGGAGGUCCUCGGCAGUGGCUCAACUCCUGCUGCCGCCGGAAAAAGAUAGUCCAGCACUUCCCCUACAAGGUCCGUCAUGUCAGUGCCAUGGAGCUGAGCCUUUGUACUGCGGACGGGGAGCCAAUCGCUGAUGCCAAGGAUGCCUCCAUUGGCUACUUCCAGGUUUUGCCCCGCCACGCCAUGGCUUCUCUGGGCUUCCUUCGUGUGCCGCUCCUCCUUUGGAUGAUCAUUCCGCUGGUGCUGUACCUGGCUUUGAUGGUCAUCUUCGCCUCGAGGUUCUUGAGAGUGUCUGUCGCCGUCCUCCUGCAUGCGCUUGUCGGUGCCUUCAUGGGGGCCUUUGCGCAUUGGCUGAGGUGGCGUUCCAUCGCGUUGACACGUUUGGCCUCGGACAUUCAAGAUUUCCGAAGGGUGCUCCUCCGAAAACACCGGCCGCAGCCUUGCCCGCGCGGCCCGUCGCGUGCGGUGACGGCGCGGCAGCUGCAGGACUUCGUGUCCUACUUCCAAGCCUACACAGGCUACCGCACGACGUACUAUGUCGCCCACAACAUCUUGAAGCCCAUCACCGAGCCCUACCAGCUCUCCUACGCAGAGGUGGCUGGCCCCUCGACCGUGCGCUGGUUCGUGAGCCACUUUUGGGGUACUCCCUUCUUGCAUCUGGUCAGUACUGUCACGAAGCAUGCGGAAGAGGCCGCCAGCGAGGAUCCAUCCUGGGUGUCGCCGGCCUACAGUCAGUCCUACUGGAUCUGCACCUUCAGCAACAACCAGAGCGAUCCGGAGAGCAUCCACGAGGAGUUGGGUGGAGGCGACUGGAGCGUGUCGUCGUUUUACAUGGCGCUUCACAGCCCCACUACUCAUGGCACGGCCAUGGUGUUUGACGACGAAGCCAUGCCGCUUACCCGCUCUUGGUGCUUGUUCGAGCUGCUCCAGACCACGAUACUCAAGAAGGCCCGCGGCAAGACUUAUCGCGGGCUCAAGCUUUGCUCACCGCUGGGGAUCAUGAACAACGGGAGCGGAAGCAUGGACCUGGCUCUGAAUGUCAGCCGGAAGCUGGCCCACCUCCGACUCCAGGAUGCUCAAGCCAGUGUGCAGAGUGACAAGGAGAUGAUCGAGAACUUGGUCAUAGCCGAGGGCGGCUUCGACUUGGUGAACUUAACCUUGAUCGAGUCGGUGCGGGAGGUGCUGCAAGCUGUCCAGUACUCCUUCACCCGCACCAUGCAGAGCCUCGAGACGGAUCUU